CUCCCUUCUUCUUCUGUUCCCUCUCUCUCUGUUCCCGCUUUCUCUGUUCCCUCUCUUUCUGUCCCAUCUCUUUCUGUUGCCCCUACCUACGCCUCGUCUCACUCCUGUGAUCCCCAUCUCCGUUUCUCCUUCUCUGAUCUGAACCUGCCAGACCUCUACACCUCCUUCCAGUCCCUCUGCAGAAGCGUCAGGGAGAGAGUGGCCUCGCAAUCGGACGUGGGUCCCUUAUUUAUGUUGACCAAUGACAGUACCCCACUGCACACCCCAACCCUCCCCCCUCUCUCCCCUCGUCCUGUACCCUCUGUAGCGCCCGGGCCUCCUCCUGAGGCAGACAGACUGUCUCACAGCAGUGUGGUGCCAGCAGACUGGUUCAGUACUACAGACACUCUGAAGGAGAGCUUUAGGAUCGCCAGCAGUCUGGACUGGGCCAACAUUGACCUCACUAGCCACCCAGACCUCCUGGAGAGCAUGCGCCAGGCCGAGCUCUGUGAUUGGGCGCUGGAGCCGACGCUCUUCACUUCGCUCUGUGAUUCGCUGAACCGUUUCUUCACUCAGAAGGGCCUGAUUGGCUCCUCCUCUGGUAACAACUCCCCAUUGGCCCACGGUGCCCCUCAAUCUCUGCUCCUCCCACCCCUUACUCACAACACCCCCACCCUGGCCAGCCUGACUCACCCCUCUCCCCUGGCCUACCCCCCUCUGGUCCCCCCUUCCAGCAGUGGGCAGCCCUCCAGGAGGCCCCUCCACCCCCAAACCCAGAGUCUACAGAGGCCCCACCUGACCCAGCCCGGAGCCCCUCAAAAUGCUGGGAUCCAACUUCAACCUAAACCCCGUCCCCCUAUGAAACAUCUCCAUAACAACAGCGAGGAGAUCCAAGAUGACUUUGACUGGGACUCUCUGAUCGCCUGACACAGAGUGGAUUCUGUUUGCCCCACGAUUCCAUUCAGGAAGCCUACUGGAUCAGUGUUGCCCGCUGGCACAGAUCUAGGAUCAGCUUAUUCUCCCCAAAAAACAAACCUGGACCACUGGGAGGAAACAUGCAAAACUGAACUUAGAUCAGUAUCUAGGGGAAACUUCCUCCUACUCCGAGGGGGCUCACAUACAAAACACUACACCCUAUAUUCAGCUGCCUCACCACACACACCGACACUACUCUUGACAGUGAGGAUGGUCAUUGGUACAUUGAUUAUGACUGAAUGCUGUAUGCUUAUUUGCUGCAAUUGUAUCCCCAUCAUCUGGAAGUCUUCACAGAAGCUUCUGGACAUGCAUAUAUCCUCCAACUGACAGAGGAGACAUCACGUUAAUAAAAUAUUAUAAAAAUGAA